AUGUUUUUCAGCCUCCUAUUGGUUUUUUUGCAGGCACUUCUCCUGUUGUUGCACUCACUGGAUGGAUGCUCGAACAUUGAGGUCCCCAGAUAUCAGCCGUUUGCGGUGUUGACUUUUGUCAUACCUAUCUUGGGAGAGAAGUAUUUGGAAUCUACCCCUGCACCGACCAAUGCGCUGUUGAACCAUUAUAUCAGGGAAGCUGAAGCCCUGACUCAGUCAGAGGGGGAAGAAAAAGAGGGUGCUGUUGAAGAGCAGCUGGAGACAAUGAAGGUGCUGGAGGAGAUAUUGGGGUUGAUGUGUGGAAGGUCAGAGGACCAAGAAGAAGAGAUGUAUGAAUUGCAAGAGCUGGCUCUGGAGGAACUGGGAGAGUUGUGGAGAUGGCACAGAAGAUGGAUAAUAUGA